UCAUAUUCUCAAAGAUAAAGGUUUUGACUUUCACGUAUCCUCGCACUUAGUAUUAGGUUUUAGUCUUCACUUUCACGUCAUUUUCCCAGUUGUGCUCGGUGUUUACUACAAUUUACCUUCCUCUCUAUGAGAAAUUGUGGCACUAGUCAUACUCAGAAUUCUCUUUCCCAAAAUUGUUGAAGUACAGAAAAAUGUGGCCUUCGCCAGCAUUGCAUACAAAUUGAUUCCCUUUGAUGCUUCAUCGCUGUAAAGGACGACAAGGAUUAUAGCGCCGAGGCUUCUCUGUGAAUAUUUUUGCCGCGAACCACCAGAAAACCUCGCUGGUGCCUCGUGUUGGCUCGCCACCCAUCGUGAAGAAGCAGUUUUAGUAAUCGUCUCGACAGGAGACGCAGCGACGGGGCGGCACGAUACCUGAAUGUAGUUGAAGCGGAAACCACACUUUCGAGACUACACUUGGAUACCGGGACGGCGCGGCAGGUAGGACAACUACACGUGAUGACAGAGGGCCUCUAGGGUUCCAGUUGCGACGGCUCCCGCGGAUUCCACCACACAUAACGUAGUUGUAGCCACCAAACCAACUGCUACUACAUCCACGACGGCGGGAAAGCAGUAGAAAGCGAAAUCGUAAUCGCCGCAUGGGCGAACGCAGCAAAUACGCAGCAUUUAUCAAUUAAUUUGGCGCGGCGCAGCAAGUGAAAAAGGACACGAGCCGCACCUGCAGCAUGAUUAGAUUUUGAUUUUAACUGCCGUUGAGUGUGCACCAGAGGCUACUGGACGAGGUCGUCCCGCCAGGACCUGCGUCGAAAAAAUCUGCGUGCAAAAAUUCUACGUGGUCAACAGGAGCAGCUCCUACAAUAGCCCAGCUUCUGGUUGCAAAGAACACCCCCACACGACGAGCUCCUGUCAACAACAUUGCACGCGAACAACCAGUGAGUAGUUGUUGUGCCGCAAGUCGUCCUGCUGGUCACGAGCGCUUAAAGUGAAGACCCAAGAAGGACCACAACGUGGUCGACGGACCAGCGAUCCACGAGCUAAAACGCGGAACUGCACCGAACCGCCGGAAAUAACGAGAAGAAGACAAAUAUCACCUCCUGCUACGUCAUUGUCUCCGAAAAAUCGUUCGAAGCAAGAAGAUGAUCUACCUCCUCAUCGCCUACGUACUGAUUAUCACCUUCGGCGCUGCUGUCUUCCUGAAGGGCAAGCCGGAGGGAAACUCCUUUUUUGACAAGAGCUGGCGGUUUUUCGUGCAGACGUAUCAACUGGAGUAAAAGUGUCGUACUCGUACUAAUGCUAACCGGGAUCAUGCUCGACAAAUCUAUAGUACGUGGUCGUCCCUGAGUUAGUAUAGCAUGACAGGUUGCAUUAUUGUAUUGUAGAAAAACAGAAGGUUGUAGAUGCUGCCACCAGUGCGAGGAUGCUUUUGCAGUGCAUAAGGCCGUCCCCAAGGCGGUAAUAGCGGUCGCAACAACACUCUGCGGACAGCGGGGCGAGAAUGCAGUGCGCGGCUGCUGGAAUCUAUGCUGGGAAAGAACACUUUCUGAAUCAAGGGCGCAUUGUCCCAGAAGAACGCGUUGCACCACUAGCAGCGCCAUUCUUUGAAGACGAAUGAAUUGCUCAAAGAUGCAUAUGAUCUACUGUUGUGGUAAAAAGCAUAGGUGAGAUCUUUGCGCGUCUCUUCUAGGCCUGCGCAAAGGCUCCUUCUGGGACGAGUAUCAGCGAGCGUGGUUCAGAAAGCUUCCGCAGAAUAACGCUACGUGGUACGCGGGUUUAGAAUUAUGUGCGGGUCAUUUUUGAAAAACAAAUAACAUAUGAAGGAUAAAUGUCGUGACAGUGAAGUCUUUUGCAGCGAAAUUGACUUGUCCACGCCGAACUGUUUGGCAAAAUAAACUUCAGGUAUGGCAAAACAACCCGCUGGUGCAGAUCUUUUACCUUGGGAUAAUAUGUUACAAUCGGCAACGCCUUCGCCUUCUCCUUUCGUACUUAUAAGUACACAGUACAGCAAAGAUUCAUGAAAUUUAGCAUGACAACUUCAACAUGCUUUUCGGAAUGCACAGAACACGAUCAAGUUCAUAGGAGAAGUCGAAGCAGGACAUUUCCCGUCUGAUACUUGCUGCGGCUACUUCAUUUCUAUCGAUGGAAGCGGUCCGAUCGUCGCGGCGAUAGAUUGUACUUAAUUGGCGCGCGAGAAUCACCAAUUUCUUAUGCGCAAUUUGUUUGCUUCCUCAGGGACAAUUUUUGUCAUGCUCACGGUGAUGACGGACGGCAUUGUGCUUAAUGUGUUUUAUACUUUGUGCUGCUGUGACAUAGCACCCGCAACCUAACCCGCCGUAGACCGAUCCCUUUUACCCUGGACACUUGUCACGUUGCACGCACACCCGGAAAUCCGUAUCCAAGAAGAAUCAGCAAUUGAUGUCAAUAGCACGACCCGCACGGGCAAAACACGCACUCGUGCCGUGUUCCCCACCAGUUUGUAGAGAAGACGCAUCCCCCGGGAGCAUAAAGGUAGCGCGCUCCCAAAAUUACUACAAAAUAACAGAAACCAAGACAGAAACCCAUCGGGGCAAACUUUAUUCACGGACGGUAUGCUUGGUCUUAGAAUAUCCUCGCGAGUAACGUUACCGAACAAUAAAGGACUCAGCAAUAUCAAUUGCUCGUUUUCUGCAGCAUACGGCCAAACAAGUACUAAUAUUUUCCUUUUUGUCGCAGUCGCUGUAAGAGCAGUGCGCUUGGAUCGAAAUGAAAUUUUCGUUGCCGGAGGGGCGUGCUUUCAACUUCAGUAAGUACCAGGGCGAUGUUUGUUUCGAUGAGCUAUGCGCAGAUAAAUACAUCAAUGCGCAACGCGAAGUAAAAAUUUUAGGUACAUCGGCGAACACCACAAGUACGAUAUCAAAAUGAAAAAAGUUCAUUUACAGCCUAGUAUGUAAUACAGUAGACAACCAGCACAUUGUGAUGCAAAGCCAAAGCGCCUACAGAAAAUGUAAUGAGAUCAUAUUGUGUUGCGUGAAACAAAAAGUAGAAAAUGACCUUGUGCAUUCUACACGCACGAAGCCAAGAAAUGUGAAUCUGAAUUCUGUCGAAUUACACGCGCAGCAGCAAACUGCUGAAGUAGGUAAGGUUGCAAAUUUAAUCGCUUGUAAUUUUACUAUUUCAUUUUGAUAUACAGUGGAUUUGCCGCUUUCUUGAUCUGCAUCUACUAUUUCGGGUAUGCUCGGAACAGAGGAUCAGAGUUUCUCUCUUGUCCGAAAUUCCAUGCUAGACGUGUAGUUCUUGCAUAGCAAACGCUAAAGCGAAUAGUCGGAUAUGCCUAUGCCUGCAUGUAAGUUAUGCAUGACAGAGUACGUUACACGUGAGCAUGACAUGGUUUGGUAGACUUAGGACAAGGAGAAACUACUUUUCGAGUUGCAUACGGUUAUGGCCAGCUUCAAAGAUCCCGGUGUGGUGACGUCACGAAAUGUGAAGGUAUGAAGUGCAAAGGUAUCGUACGUAGUAUAAAUUGCAUCACAAAUUAGCUCCUCAGCAUUACAAAUGAAGUUUGUAAUGCUGUUUUACCUUAGGAGAGAGAUUUGUCAUGCAUAACAGCAAUUAGUACGAGCGCGAUGCUUUUGCACUGUAUAGAAGGCCUUGGUGAACUAUUUUCCCGCCGACGGGCAGAUAUUCGAUCCGACUCAGGAGUGUACGACUUGCAAAAUACCGAAGCCGGGAAGGAGUAAACACUGCAGCUUGUGUUAUGAGAAGUGAAAAAUGACGAAGCAGCACUUCUGGUUCUGGGCAAUUUCUUGCUAGACUUGAGCCCUACCUUACUAUACGUGUAACGGUAAAUGUCAACAUAGAAGAUUUACUUAUUUGCCCGUAGCCCGCCGUCGUUCCAAGUGCUACCGGGUCGUCUUCCUCCCAUACGCACAACCACUGUGUCGCCAAAUUUGACCACCACUGCAUAUGAAUUGCAAAAGCAUGGCACUACGUAUAAAUUGCAUUGCAAAAAAUUUUGGCAAAAAGAAAUGGAAUUUGCUAAUGCUGUUUUACCUUUAGGAAGAUGAUUUGUCAUGCAUAUUUGCAAUCAGUGCGAGUGCGAUGCUUUUGCAGAGGAUGCCACAUCUGGAUCAACAACUGCGUCGGCCUCCAAAACCACUACUACUUCAUGAUGUUUUUGCUUUCCAACGGUCUCAUCUGCCUCUACUGCCUGGCGUAACGAAAGUGAAAACAGCUGAGUCAACAUCAACCAGGAGCUUGCAAAUAAAAUGCGGAGCAGGAACAACUGUGAAGCGCUCUGUAGAGGAGAUCUUGCUCUUGUUGUACUUCUACUUAUAAGAGAUUCAAAUUAGUUAGCCAGUACUUCUAGGGAAUAUGAGGAAUGAUGCUAGUCCUCGACCUCGUCGUGAUAGUGAUUCUGUUUGUGAUUUAUUCGCUACUUCGCCUGGCAAAUAGUUGUUUUGACGCAGCGAUUUUCGUUCAUACGCCGCUCGGAGGGCCGAUAUUGUAUCAUAUCAUUGAGAAGAGAAAGCUCUGGGAAGCGGUACUAGUAGUCUACGUCUAGUUAUUUCGUUUGCUAUACUUCAUCGAGAAGUUGUCAAGGUCCUUUCAUCUGCAAUUUCCUUUCCCUCAUGUUUUUGCGAAGAGAUCAAAGCAGAAGAUUUCGGAACACUAAAUCCAAUUCAACAUCAAAACUCAGGUAUUCAUUGACCCUGUGACCAAGGAACGCUAUCCGGCCAGUUUUUGGGUUAUCGGGCAGUACCUCAUGGCGACGAAGGGGUAUUUGCUCUUUCUCGUGCUCCUGUGUGGCAUGAUGUUCAUCAUUCUCGUGGGAUUCUUCCUGUGGCACGCGUAUUUGGUUGUCGCCGCGACCACCAGUCUAUGGAUUGCAAAAGUAUCGUACUUGUGCAAAUCGCAUAAAUCGUAAAAAUACAAUUUUGUUCAGAAGAAGGAGAAAUGAAAUUUGUAAUGCUGGUUUGGUUAACAAACUAAAUGUGUCAUGCGCGAUUGCAAUCAGUACGACUGUGAUACUUUUGCAAAGCAUACAUCAAUGAGCUACAGAAGUGGGGAUCCCUCAGGUGGGCUCUCGGAGAAAAGUACAAGGAUGAUCAAAAGGAGUACUCCGAAGCCCUUGCAGCCUAUAUCCUGUGCAAAAAUGAUUUUCGUACUUCUCGUAGUGAAAUUGCAAUACAGCAUGAGAAAUAUGGUUUGAAAGGGAAAUCAGCAUUACAAAUUGAUUCUCCGCCUGACUCCACGACCCGGUGGCCCUUUGGCUUGUGUUUAUUGUUUGGUCGGUGUAGCAUUACAAAUUCUCUCUGUAACUUUUUUCGUGAAUAAGUUUGAUUGCAAUUUCCACUGAAGAAAUGCAAAACUUUUGCAAUGCAUAGCAGAUGAGGAGCAGCAAAACCUUAUUCUCACGGGUAUGGGACUCUCAAACGUUAGACUCUCAACAGUUUCAUGAUUUGCCGUGCGAAAUUACAACAAGCUGCCACGUGAUAAAGCUGCUGCGCAUGACAAAUUUCAGAAGGGGUGAACAGCGUGAAAAUUUGUGGCGAAUUCGUUCUGUGAGGGUUGCCAGCUCGCUGCCGUCAUAUUAAUAUUUGCCAUUCUUGCAUCACAAAGUAAAAUAAUUGUAACAGUUGAGAAUGCAGCAGUUGAGAAUCUCAUAACGGAUUCAGCACUUCCUGAGAACGAGCCGAUCCUCGAGAAGCCGGACCCCCCGGAAGACCUUUAUGCGUUGCAAAUAUGUCCACUCGGGUUUGCGAGAAGGAGCACUCAACUUGUCAUGCUAAAUGCGGCUGGCAGUAAAAUCUGUGAUGCAUGAGCGGAAAAAUAUCUUUGGUUUUCGUGAUGCUGGAUCCGAGAAUGGGUUUAUUUCAUGCGCGUUGGGCAUGUUGAAGGAGCACUUCUGCGUUCUUGUGCUGCAUGACAAACUUCUGCGUUCUUGUUCCAGACCCCAAGAACAUUUUUGGAUUUGCGUCGGAUACCCUGCGGAAGAUGAUGAAGAAUACAUACAACAAGGGCUUCUGGAAAAACUGGCGACUUGUGGUCUUUCCCCCGGACGUACACUCGGAGCGGUUUAUUUAUGGCGUUCUCAAACGUUACAUUCUCAACUGUUACAUGAGUCUGUAAUGCAAAAAUGGAAAAGCGAAAGGGCGAAGAUUGCAAAAAAUGCAUUACAAGUCCCGCGCAGAUCAUUUAGGUGCUGUGUAUCCCUUCGCAAAUUUGUCAAUCGAAGCAGCUUCAUCCUGUGGAUCACGAUGGUAGUUUUGCAUGACAAACCAUGUAACAGUUGAGAAUGUAACGCUUGAGAGCUCCAUAUUAUUCGCGAAAACGAGGCCCCUCCUGCAGCAGACAAUGAGGGCGCAGGGGGCGGUGGCAGCGGGAGUCAAAGUGGUAAAAGUAGAACGGACGACCAAGACCAACAGAACAAGGAGAACAAGAACUCGCAGAAUAGCAAGGAAAGCAAAUCGGGCGGUAACAAGAAGGAGGGAAAGAAAGCGAGAUGAAGUUUUAAAUUCCGGAGGAGCUGUUCGUGUGUCGAAGAAGAGGUGGUUGUGAGGCUGCAUUUGUGGUCUGGGCUACGUUGCCGACACCGCUGUUCUUUUUCCCGAGAAGAACGAUCCCACAUCGGCUAGGUACACUCAGAGUCAGAGAUCUGAUAGCGCGAUGAAUUUAGUAGCUUUAGUGACUGGUCAAGAACUUGAAUAUAGAAGAGAAGUCUUUUUCUGCCUUGUGUGCGAGGUAGAGCUUUAAGGUGACUUUUGUGAAGCACCUUGCGGAGCAUAAAUGGGUCUGCUGGGAAAUAAUACGAAAACGAAUUGAGCAAAUGAAGCAGGAUUGCUUAUGCUUAAUACAGAUGGCAAAAGUGGCACCGUGGAGGUGCAGGACAU